AUGGGCCGAAGACUGUUGAUCGACUACUCCAAGAACACGGCGCCGCUCAAGUCGGCCAGUGCGAAUGGCGACAAAGUUGUGGGCAUGAGCCUGCGCUAUCACGAGCCGGAGAUACUAUCGUGGUUAGGACGGCAUGAACGUGAACCAAGCACCCUGAAACGUCCCAAGACAAGGACCUUUCCGUCGGCUGUCUUUCCAGUGCAACAGAGCAGUCUGUUGGACCUCUCGGCGACCUCUUCAUUACAAGGGAGUUCUCCUACGAAUGAUGACAGUCAUGGAAGCGGCAGUAUUCGAAGAAAGCAAGAUUCCUCUCCUCCACGCUCUCCUCCGCGCCUGCUUCAUCAACGCAGCACUCGAUCGCUCUCUCCGAAAGCACCCCGACGCGACAACAUAUUCAACAACCAAGUGACAUUUCAAAUGCCCAAGACACUGCGCGGAGGAGGAGGUGGAGGAGGCAGUCGUUACAAUGAUAGACUGCACUACAGUGAUUCCGACUUGAUGUUGGACACUCGAUCAGUUCACACCACCAACACCGCCGCAAUCAACCACAAAGGAAGAUCCGUGUUUGAUGACGCUUCCAUCAACUCCGCUCCGGCCAAACCCACCGAUCCCCAAAAGAGCUACCGCGCCUUGAUGAUGUUGGACAAUUCCAACUCCGCCUCCACCAUUCGAAGCAGUGUUCGUAGUAGCAUUCGAGGCAGCAUUCGAGAAGAACCCGAAUUGGAACAUGUGCCAGAAUUUGGAGGAGAAGACGAGGAAGAAGAAGAGGAGGAAGGACGCUCCUUUCUGCCAACUGCCCUCAGCGCAUCCCCUAGAGGAGGAGGAAGGUCUCCCACGCGCAGCAGCAAAAAGAAAAAGGGCAAAAAGAAAAAACAGCAAAUCUCGUUGGACGAUUGGUUUGGAAAAAGCAAAUCUCCCAAACGCAAGAGUGACAGCAAAAGCACACGCAGCAAGAAGAAACAACCACAACAACACGAAGACGACGAAUUGUCUCAAAUGAGUCAAUCCUAUCCCAUGGGUCCACGGGCACGACGCAUGUUGCCCAAACGAACCAUGUCCUUUGACGACAGUACACGGAAAUUCGAACGACGUGGCAAACGUGACAGCGAGGAUGAUGCUCGCAGCAUGGUCAGUGCGGCUACGGGAAACACCCGGCGGGGUGGACGUCGUCCCAACCGCACCAAGACCGACGCCGACAAUCGCAAGUCGCCUCGUCGUGGCACGCUCACUCGGACACGAUCCUGCGAUGGCAGCACCACCAGUUUCAUUUCGAUGAAGGGCGACUGCUCCUUUAGCUUCUUGUCCGGGUCCAGGAUACGCGUGCGACAGACCGGGGCUCGGGCCAGUUCGGAUCGAGACUUGUUGUCGGAAAAACGAGUGCAAAAGGCACGAGACGAUGCAUCGGGUUGUUCCAGCCAAUUCAGUCGAUCCAACACGACGCCGGUACAGAAUAAUAAUCACAGACGACGAGCCCUGAAACGGGCCAAUUCGUGUGACAGUAUCACGAAACGAUUGACCAAGGCUAUUGAAUAG